CAUAUCCAUCCAAUAAAAAUGGGUUGCUUUGGAUUUUUGAAAGCCAUGAUGUUUCUCUUCAAUGGUAUCAUCUUUCUGGCAGGAGCAGUUAUUCUAGGUGUGGGGAUCUGGGUGAAGGUGGACAGUGGGUCUGUCCUGAAUUUUCUGCAGAAUAUACAAGGAGCCCCAGGUGAGCUGGGGCAGGUGUUGAACGUGGGAUACCUCCUCAUCGCUGUGGGCGCUGUGCUGCUCAUCCUGGGCUUCCUGGGCUGCUGUGGAGCGAUCCGAGAGAGCAGGUGUAUGCUGCUGCUGUUCUUCAUCAUUAUUCUGAUUGUGUUCAUUGUUGAAGUGGCUGGAGCGAUUGUGUUACUGGUCUUUAAGCCUCUGGCUGAAAACCUGAUUAAACAGGUGGGAGGCGAAGUUGUGAAAAGCAUCAGAAACGAUUAUGGGAAAAAUUCGGACGUCACUGGACUAUGGAACUCGACCAUGACCACGCUGAAGUGCUGUGGAUUCAACAACUAUACGGAUUUCACAAAUUCUUACUUUGUGAACGACACCAAGAGUUACCCAUUUCAGUGCUGUAAUAGAGUUCCAUGCACUGAGAUGACAGCUUUUAAUUCGACUAUACCAGGUUGUUUCCCGGCAUUGAAGAAGCUGGUAGACGAUAAUGCAGUUAUCAUCAUAGCUGUAGCAUUAGGCAUCGCUGCUCUAGAGCUUGCGGCGAUGAUUGUCUCCAUGAUCCUGUAUUGUAAAAUAGGAUCAAAACAGGAAUAAUGCCUCACCUUUAGCUUGAAUAUCUCUCUGAUGACUCCUCUGGUUUACUGAGGAUGAGGUGGAUCAUCUGUCUUAAUAUCACAGUUACUUUUUCAACCAUUUAGAAUUUAAUCAAACAGUAUGACAUUACAAGUCUCUCUGAGUCAGAGCGUCCACAAAAAAAUAAAUAAAUUCAGACCGUUAAGCCUAAACUUUGACUGCAAACAUGCAUUUUGAAAGAUCUCUUUUUUUUUUUUUACUGUAGUUAUGUUAAAAUUAGCUGUUUUAACUGUUUUAAUACUUAAUGUAUCUGUGAGACUGAUUAAAAAUUUUUGUUUACUUUUUAAUUUUUUUACAUUUUGCCUAUGCAAGAUGUUUUCUUAUUUAAAAACGAAACACUUUGUUUAAUUGCAUAACACCCAAGGCAUUAUUUUGUAAUUCUGAACACACUGAGGGAUUUUCCUACUGACAUUAUAUGUGCAAUGACAAAAAAAGGCCAAAUGUUUUCUAACAAAUGUUGUUUGAUUGUAAUUUAUUGUAAACUUUUUACAAAC